AAUGGUGAGGCAUCCAAUUGCCGAUUCAAACGAGUCGAGUCUUUUCGGCACUCUCACCGCGGACGAGUUCUACACUCGUCACUCGGUGAGUCAUGACUACGAGUUUGUGACCAACCGUCAAGGACUCAAGCUCUUCACCCAAUGGUGGAUCCCAUUGCCACCCACAAACCUAAUCGGUUGUCUAGCCAUCAUUCAUGGCUACACCGGCCAGACAAGUUGGGUUCUUCAACUAACCGCGGUUCUAUUCGCUAAACAUGGUUUCGCCACAUGUGCCAUUGACCAUAGGGGCCACGGUUUCUCCGAAGGGCUCACAACUUACAUCCCCGACAUCAAUCUCCUUGUCGAGGAUUGCCUUACAUUCUUCGAUUCCUUCCGUAGACUCCACGUUCCAUCCCAUCUCCCCUCCUUUAUUUACGGAGAGUCCCUCGGUGGAGCCAUGGCUCUCCUCGUGGCCUUACGCCAGCGUCGCGGCUUGAUCACUCGACCCUACGAUGGAAUUGUCUUUAAUUGCACCAUGUUCGGUAUUUGCAAAAAGUUCAAGCCUCCUUGGCCGUUGGAAUAUUUUCUCACAAUUAUCGCGGCCUUAGUCCCAACAUGGCGGAUAGUGCCCACCCGUUAUUCGAUCCCCGACGUGUCGUUUAAAGUCGGGUGGAAAAGGAAGCUGAUUCUCGCGAACCCUACCCAAAACGUGGAGAGACCGCGGGCAGGUACUGCAAGGGAGAUAGUUAGGUUAGCGGAUGAGAUCAAGACGAAGUUUGAAGAGGUUGAGUUGCCAUUCCUCGUGGUUCAUGGAAGCGAGGACAUUGUUUGUGAUCCGGCUACGGCCGAGGAGUUUUAUCGACGCGCAUCCAGUGUGGACAAGACUAUGAUAAUGUACCCUGGAGUGUGGCAUCAGAUGGUGGGUGAAGAAGAGAAGACCGUAAACUUAGUAUUUGGAGAUAUUGUUGAUUGGUUAGUGGCUAGAGCCAAGAUUACCGUCGCUAAAGAACUUUAAGGGGAUCUAGGCUCG